CCGCAAUGACUCCGUGUGUGUGUGCGCACCAACGAAGUGUGUGCGGCGAUUUACAUCAACCAUAUCCGCUAGCUGCCAUUAUAAUUUCUUUUCCUUUGCGACGUCAAACAAUCGACAAGUAAAAUGAGUUCGUUAAAACUCCAGAAACGGCUCGCAGCCUCGGUUAUGCGAUGCGGUAAAAAGAAGGUUUGGUUGGACCCAAAUGAAAUCAAUGAAAUCGCCAACACAAACUCAAGACAAAACAUUCGCAAGCUUAUUAAGGAUGGUCUUAUCAUUAAGAAGCCUGUUGUCGUACACUCCAGAUAUCGUGUGCGUAAGAAUACGGAAGCUCGCCGAAAGGGUCGUCACUGUGGUUUCGGUAAACGUAAGGGUACAGCCAAUGCACGUAUGCCAACCAAAUUUUUGUGGAUGCAACGUCAACGUGUAUUGCGUCGCCUGUUGAAAAAAUACCGUGACAGCAAGAAAAUCGAUCGUCAUUUGUACCACGACUUGUACAUGAAGUGCAAGGGUAAUGUGUUCAAGAACAAGCGUAUCUUGAUGGAAUACAUUCACAAAAAGAAGGCCGAAAAACAACGUACAAAGAUGUUGAACGACCAAGCUGAAGCCAGACGUCAAAAGGUACGUGAAGCACGUAAACGACGUGAAGAACGUAUUGCCACCAAAAAACAAGAGCUCCAACAAAUCCACGCUGAAGAGGAUAAAACAGCCGCAGCCGCCGCUGCUAAAAAUUAAUUAAUUUAACCAAUUUUUUUGUGCAAAUUAAUUGAUUGAAUACAAUUUAAAUACAACCACACACACA